AUGCCCGAUCCUUUUCCCUAUCGAGCUGAACUCGACUUGCCUGUCCCGCAGCGGCGCAACUGCGCUCCAACUCCCACCAAAAAGGAGCACCGUGGACCAUCGCGCCUCAAGCCACCUCUGGGCUUCCCGGGACCGAUCCCCCGCUCCCUGCCCCUGUGUGUGGGAAAGACUGCACCAGUGGGUCAGGCUGCAUACUCAGCCUCCAAAGGGGGUAUUGUGGGAAUGACUCUGCCAAUCGCCCGAGACCUGGCUCCCGUGGGUAUCAGAGUGGUCACCAUCGCUCCAGGCCUAUUCUCCACGCCGCUCCUGGCCAGCCUUCCAGAAAAGGUGCGCUCCUUCCUGGCUCGACAGGUGCCCUUUCCGUCUCGCCUUGGAGACCCUUCAGAGUUUGCUCACCUUGUGACCUCCAUCGCUGAGAACCCCAUGAUUAAUGGGGAGGUAAUCCGGCUGGACGGAGCCAUUCGCAUGCAGCCCUAA